AUUUCUCUUCCUCUUUUUCCUCGGAGAGAAACAACAGCAGGGCGGCAGACAGGAUGAACAAGACGGGGGCGUCGGUGCACUCGGUGCCUAUGCUAGCGGGAGCGAGGAGUGGGCGGAUGACACGACAGGUGACGGAGUCGGAGGGCAGGGUGCUGUUCGCACCCAUUCAGGAGGAGAUCUACUCGGGGAGAGGAGAUGUGAGUUGUGUCCCGGAGGGAGUGGCUGGCGAGCUUCCUGCCUCGUUUGUACGGACACCGCAGGGACCGGCGGUGGUGGUGUUGUUCCCACACAUGUCAGCUGUGGCGCUGGCGCGCUUGCCUGGACUGCACCCGUCGCAGUGCAGUCGGAUCACACGUUGGGAGGUGCCGGGGAAGCCUCCUAAUCAGCGGGAGCUGGAAUACAAUACGGAGCAGAGGAUUGUGGAGGAGCGAACUGACACACUGGCGCAGGGGCGCCACGUCUUGUACGAGAUGACCCCGUUCAUCUUGGAGCACCUGAAGCGUGCUCAGGUUCCCUUUACUUAUCUCCGGCCUGAGUAUGACCACCUGGGGUGUUUUGUGAACAAUCCUUCGGAGGAUCGGUGCCCGAGGGGCUUGCAGGACUACCUUUACCAGAGGGAGAUGGUGAUGUGGGAGCCGCGGAGCCUCCCUUUGCCUUAUCGGUAUGUACAGGUGUACGUCUUCCCUGACUGCUAUGCUUAUUCGGUGGCUGGGACGAGACACAGCCCCGUGUCGUCGGAUCACAAGCCGGAGGCGGAGGACUUUGUGAGGCUGAGUCAUCUCUAUGACUGAUGGCCUGUAGAUGGCAAGAGGUAGGAAGGCACGGCGGGGCCUUCGCAUGGAGGUACUUCUUCUUUGGCAGCGUGAGCUGUCUCGGAUGAUCUUCAGGAUGGUCUGCUUGUGGCAGCAUGGCUCGAAGCACAGGAGGUGCGGAGGAACCAGAGUAGCGAAGCAGGGUCUGGAGACCGUGGCUUGGUAAAGCGGUGGACUUUUUGCUUAGGUGCGCGAGGGGACGAGCGAUCAUUCCUGUCGGCAGUGUGUCUAGACAGGUGCAGCGGGUACGUGCACUGGUGGACAGCUACACGAAGUGGAGGUAUGAACCAGUAGAACAGCAGUGAAUAGAAUGAA